AUGAAGUUUCACCUGUCAUGUCUGCGAUCAAGUGAUCAAGUUCCAAAGAUAUGGUAUUGUCCUACCUGUCGUCUAUAACCAGAAUUCAAGAGAAAUGCUAAAACCAGAAAUGCAGUACAGAAGGAUGUAUGUAGCAAAGCUCUCAGCCUGAAUAGCAUCUGUAUUUGUAAUUCAAAGCCAAGACCAGGUGAUAGACUUCUUGAAUGUCACAGUGAAGACUGUUUAAAUGGAAAAUUCUUUCAUUUACACUGCCUGAAAUACAAAAGGAUGCCAAAUAACAGCAAGACUACAUGGGUUUGUAACAGCUGUAAGGGAAAGCCCCAUAAAGCAAAUGAUGUGAACAUUGCCACAGCUCAGUCAGGUGAAAACGACAGUUCUAGUUUAACUUCUUCAAUUCAAUCUGCCACUUGUACCUCUUCAAUUCCACAAGUUCUUUGUGGUGAUAUUGAUAGUAGUGUUGAUGAUCUAUCUAACAGAGAUAGUGAUGAUGACCUUUCUGUUGAUCAAUGUGACAGUGAUGAUGAUAUACAAAUAACUUAAGUUAGUCAUGGAAACAUUGAUAAGACAGCCUCUCUAGGGAAUUUAAUUCAGGCUGAAUAUGAUAUCAUUGAAUCUCCAACUGGAUGGUUGGACUGCAGUGUCCUACAAGAAGCUCACAUUUUACUGAAACAAGUAAAUCCC